CUUUUUUCAUUCAGUACUAGGUGACAGCAUAUUUUGUCGAGAAAGCUUGAGGUUUGUUUGAAAGAGGAACUUCAUGGACCCUGAAAAGCUGAUGGUUUUAAACACUGAUGAAAAAAUUAAGUACGUGGAAAGUUUGAUUAACAAGGAGAGUCGAGCUCGAGUGCAAAUGUAUCAAGAAUUUGUGCAGAAGAAGAAGGAUCGAGCAAGAAUUCUUUUGAAACUAAACCCUUCACCAUGGAUGAGAGGAUACUAUUCUACAUAUCGUGAGAAACAUCCAAUUCACUAUUUACGGCAAGCUCUUGAUGAGCAUAAUGGUGGCGGCCAUAGUGAACAUGUUAUCAAGAUAAAGUGUUUAUUUCACCGAUUGCGAAAUGGAAGGAACUCUGUGGUUGAAGAAAAGAGAAUCCUUCGGGACGUCAAAUGUGCUCAAGAAGAAUGUGAAAAGUCUUGUGGGGCUGUUCGUACAGAAAAAUUUGUACCUUGGGAAUUGCAUUCAAAAGGCUCGAUCAAAUAUCAAAUGGAGCUAUUAUUUAAAGAAAUGCCAGGAAUAUGGAAGGAUCAAAAAGCACAUGAUCAGAUGAUUGAGCAUCUUAAGAAAGGAUUGAAGGUUCUUGAGCAAGAUAUCAGGUCUUUGCAGAGGCAAAUGGAAAACAUAAACAGGGAAAAGGGAAAACUGUAUGCAUACAUUCUUGAACUCAAAAGAUGAGAGUAUUGUUUUGUUAAGAGUUGAUGGCAUUUGCACAAACCAGGUGUAAUAUCAUAUCCUUAUUUAGUUGGGAAAAAAAAAAUCUGCAUGUACUCAAUU